AUGGUGCUCCUGUGUGUCCGAUUGAAGUCGGAAAAAUGCAUGCAUCAUCUAACACGAAGGCGACAGGUUGAACUCGAAAGUGGCUCUGACUGGCUGCACGAGAAGAAGACUGGCUGGGCAAAAUGUCGACUACCGACGAGCAGUUGUAUCUUCUUUUCGACUCGACAGAAUCAGCGCCCUCCACCUCGCUUGGCCGGCGGGUGGCCUAGCUCGUCAAACUCGCCGGAAGUUCUGCUCUUACCUCCCAUCGCUCGCGAUGAGCUCCAGCACGUUGGCUGGAUCGACAGCACCAUGAAAGUCCUGUUCUGGCGGAGAUGCCGACCAGUCCAGGGUCGCUGCGCGCGCGAUAAACGCGACAGCAGUCAGUCAAUGGCACCAUCGGAGGCCGCCUGUCUAUAUAAUCUCAUCAAUCCAUACGUCUCGACGCACAAUCACACCUCAUAUUGUAGUAGUUCAGUGUGCAAAAAGCCCUUGAUUGAGUUGGACAAUCGGAGGCGCGGCGAUCGGAGUGGCGUGGGAGGGAGAAAGAUCAAAGAUGCGAGGACGAUGUGGAAGGAGAUUAGAGAGAGAGAGUUCGGAAAAUUGCGCCCUAAUUUGUUCAGCACUCGCGUUUCCAAAUCUAGGGUUUCUUCAAUCCAGCUCUCGAAUUACAAGGAAAUCGUCUCUGCUCACCGCGGCUCAAUCAACUCCCUUCAGGUUGAUUUGACAGAGGGACGUUAUCUACUGGCUGGUGCAUCAGAUGCAACGGCUGCUGUGUACGAUAUUCAGCGGGCCACAAGUUACGAGGGCCGUGGGCUAAUAGCUAAACAUAGUUCUUUAUUUAACAUCAACAAGCAACAUGAGCAUGGCCAUAAAUAUGCCAUAUCCUCAGCCAUCUGGUAUCCGAUUGACACAGGGUUGUUCGUCACUGGUUCAUAUGAUCAUCAUAUAAAUGUUUGGGAUACAAAUACUACACAAGUUGUAAUGAACUUUAAAAUGCCUGGGAAGGUGUAUCGAACUGCCAUGUCUUCAAUAGCAAGAACUCACAUGUUAAUUGCUGCUGGGACUGAAGAUGUCCAAGUUCGAUUGUGCGAUAUUGCCUCUGGUGCAUUUGCUCACACUUUGUCUGGCCAUCGUGAUGGGAUAAUGUCAAUAGAAUGGUCUACUUCGAGCGAGUGGGUUUUGGCAACUGGUGGAUGUGAUGGUGCUAUACGAUUUUGGGACAUUAGACGGGCUGGAUGUUUCCGUGUCUUGGAUCAAUCUCAUUCCCAGUUUGGGAGGCGCCCCCCUGUCCUUUUGCGUCCAACCGCAAAUAAGAAAUCUUCGGCCAGCUCAAGCUCGUCUGUAAAAGUCCGUGCUCCUCAAAGAAAAUUAGCUAAUGGAAACUCUUCAAAACCCCAUGGUAUUGGUAAGAUUUCUAGUCAAGUAAAGCUUGCAAAACAGAGAUCACAUCCUGGGAUGUUGUCAAGUCAUGAUCGUGCGACUGGGCAUUAUGGUGUUGUUACUGGACUUAAAAUGACUGAAGAUGGCAUGUAUCUUAUAAGUUCAGGUUCUGAUUCAAGGUUGAGAUUAUGGGACAUUGAAUCUGGGUGCAACACACUUGUAAACUUUGAAACUACUCGUCUGCAGCAGAGCAAACAAAUUCAGAUGGCCGUAUCCCAGGACUCAACUAUUGCUUUCGUACCAUGCAUGAACACACUGAAAGCCUUUGAUAUUUGGUCUGGUCAAACGAAGUGGACUUUUCGUGGUCAUUAUGAAAACGUUAACUGCUGUUGGUACAAUGCUCUGGAUCAGGACUUGUACACCGGUGGUAAUGAUCGGCAGAUUCUCGUGUGGUCCCCGUCCAAAUUCAUUUCUGAAGAAGAGUACAAAACUGAGCAGGAUGGAUCGGUUGACCAGGAUAAUUGGAGUGAUUAA